AUGACUUCGUCCGUAAAUCCAUUUUGGGGCGCCCAAACCUCUUAUCUCAACUUUUGCGAAGAGGACUAUGUUAUCACUCGGUUUGUUGCGGAGUUCAUCAAUACAUUCAGCAGUUUGAUCUACAUGAUCUUUGGAAUAUAUGGCUUGGUCCAGCUUCGGAAGAAGCAGCAGGCUGGUCUUCGCCGCAUGUCUUACUGCGGCUUGAUUGGAGUAGGCGUCUGCUCUGCUGCCUAUCAUAUGACUCUUAAAUAUCCCACACAGAUGUCGGAUGAAUUGUCAAUGCAUCUCUUGACAACGCCUUUGCUAUACCGGAUUCUCACGUUCCAAGCCAGCCCGUACCGCACCAAGAUCACUGGGGCUAUUCUACUGACCUUGUUUACCAUUGUGAUGGUCGUCCACAUGGUCAUGGACGAGUUCAUUGUGCAUGCUGUGUCGUUUGGGCUGGCAGUAUAUUUGAUCGCAAGAUAUACGAUCAAAAUGAUCCCCGAACAAAUUCCGGAUCCAUUCCUUCGGAAGAAGAUUCAGCGUUUUUCAUUCCUUGGCUGCUUUUCCUUCAUCUUUGGAUAUUGCGUGUGGCUCAUUGAUGAAUUUUGUUGUAGCAAUCUCACCCAAAUCCGACACGCAGUCGGUCUGCCCCUGGCAUUUUUGUUUGAAUUCCACGGAUGGUGGCACUUUUUCACGGCCAUUGGUGGCUAUGUUGCCGUUGCAACUGUGGACCUUAUCACCUCGGGCGAGGUGCACCAGGAUCCCACCGAUAGCCUUGCCUGGCCGGCUCCUCUGAUGGCAAGACUCGUUGAACCCAGAGUGGAUAUCAUGAAAAAGAAGUGA